UCCGUGAAAUAACUUUUUGGCCAUAACAUAUUUUACGUUUUUGUGAUAUUCGUUUUUGUUUGGCUGUCUAAUACGAGCUUAGAUAUUUUCUCUGCAGAUUGCCUUAAUGUAAUAGAUUAUGCAUAUUGUACGUAUUUCUAGCGAGGUAUUAUAGCUAACUAUUGUAUAUGUAACAUUACUAAACGAACUUUCUAACUUGGAAGUAACCGCUGUAGCCGCCAGUGUUUACGGUGAGAUACCGGUUGGCCAAAUAAUUGGCUCAAGAUGGCGUCUGACUGGCUCACAUGUUAAAACAGUUAGCAGUAUAAAGCGGUGCAUCGACCCGAAUUGUAAUUGGUAACUACUGUAUUGUAUAGGGCAUUCUAUCAAAGUUUCCCCCGAUAAUUAAGGACAGGGUUCCCCCUUUUAUGUUACUCGCAUCUGGAAAGCCAUAAACAACCAUGAAGGUACACAAGGCUCCAUCUAAACCUGAGCACAUGUCCAAGAGACCACACUGCAAGGACAAGUGGUACAAGCUCAACAGAGUUUCCAACAUCUCAGACUGCUCCAGCCUCAGAUCUGACGUGGCUAAGAUAGAGAAAUAUGUGUCUAAUGUUAGAAAGGACAAGCAUAACCUGAAGAGACUGAAGAAGGGAGCCAAGGCUGUGUGCUUCAGACCGUUUAACCCACUGGCUUUAGAAAGGACCACUACCCACCCCUCACUAACUAAUGGGGGAGCUGGUGGAAAAGAGCAGGUCAGUGACUCAGACGAGUCCCAGGACUGGUGCUCCCUUGCAAAGUCUGUUCUACAUCAGUAUUUUAGUGGAAAGCGCACAGAAGGCAAGGAUAGUUCAUUGUCAGCCGAAGUAUCACCUGGCAGGAUGGAGGAGGAGGCUUUUUUUCACUGUGCUGAGAGGGAUCAUGUCCAUAACCGGACAGUACUGGUCAUGCAACCGGGUCAGACCCUGUGUUUUAGAGGGAAGUGCCUUUUGUCAUGUCUCUAUGGUCGGGUGGAGGUGCAUGGUUUCACUAUUGAGGAGGGUCAGCAGUCCUACCCGCUUUUCUCCCCCUCCUCACAUUGCCCCCUCACGGUCACAGCCCUGGGGGACUCCUCUAACCCCAGUAAGACCGAGAAAGAGGGCCGUUUAGUGGUCAAAGCGAUUGUCCGCAAGUACCUUUCUACAGACACUCAUAAGAGACUGUUGAGCGAAGUAUAUUUAGACUCCUGUAUAAUCUUACUGGAGCCACUGGACACACCUCUAACACGUUUCCUCACCAGCUUCCCAGACCUCAACGAGCUGUUUGGACUCAAUUCGAGAGAGAUACGAGACAAUUCAGCCAUUCUGGACACUCCACUCUCUGGCAUUGGUGUGAUUCCUCUGCGUAAGUCAUCUGAAGGCAUGUUCAUGUCGCAGAGCUACAGGGAAGCUCUCAACGGCCUGGUUAACGCAUGUGCAGAAGAGUUAGAUGGCUGUCCAGUUAUUAUAGUAUGUGGUGCUAAGAAUGUUGGGAAGUCAACCUUCAACCGACACCUCAUCAAUACCUUACUGAACCACACUGCGUGUGUAGAUUACCUGGAUUGUGACCUGGGCCAGACAGAGUUCACUCCAUCGGGUUGUCUCUCCUUGUGUACUGUCAGAGAGCCACUGCUAGGUCCCCCCUUCACACACCAGUGGACUCCAGAACACAUGAUCUUCUACGGCCAGACGUCCUGUGAAACAGACCUGGACCGCUAUCUGGAGUCCCUCAAGUUCCUGUGGCGCUUGUACAAGAGAGAGACCCCCAUCAUCAUCAACACAAUGGGCUGGGUCAAAGAUUUUGGCUUUCAGCUGCUGGUGGACAUCAUUCGCCUGUUCAGCGUCUCUCACGUCGUUCAGCUCAGCAGCGGGGAUAAAGAAAUAUGCCCCCAGCUCACCACGGACUUCCUGAGGUCCUCCCACGGCUGGCAUACUCACCCACCUGCCCAGUCAGCUCUGGUGGAGGACGGCUGUGGGGGCCACUCGACCCAGCACAGCCACACUCUGUUCAGUGUUAACUCUGAGUUUGAAGGAGCAGGGCGCCAGGGUGAAAUGAGACACCAGCGUAGUAAUGAACUACGUGACCUGGCUUUGCUGGGCUACUUCAGCCAGAUGCAGUCUCCUGAACCAGGCCCAGUCAGACCGCUACACUGCUUCACCCCCUACCAGGUUGCCCAUUCAGCGGUGGCUGUGCGAGUGACACACUGUGAGGUGGCUCCGACCCACAUGCUCUAUGCUGCCAAUGCCAGUCUGGUGGGAUUGUGCUGCCUCAAUGAGAAGGUGUCAGGCAGGGGAGGCCCGGUGCUGCUCUCCCAAACCCCCGUCUGUCCCUGUGUGGGCCUCGGUGUCCUUCGAGGAGUGGACAUGAUCAGGGGCCUGUACUUCCUGGUCACCCCUGUAGCUCCCUCUGUCCUCCGUCAGGUCAACUGUCUGUUGUUGGGGGCUGUCUCACUGCCCAAUGUCCUCUUCACAGGGCAGACAGGAAUUGUGGGAGACCCACCCUACGUCACAAUGGACUACAGCUUUGAGCUGUCUGGGGCAGGGAAGUUCAGAGUCUUCAAGGGUCUUGCACGACCCGGCCAGAUGAGAAACUCAAAGUGAUUUUCUUUUUGUGAGCGGAGAAUAUGGUUCCACAGCUGGAUAUAAUAUUUUUUUACCUUUCUUGUUUGCCGACUUCAAACGCAAAGGCCUUUUUGAAUGUAAAACAAAGAAGGUUCCUGAGACAGGAGUAUCGCGGUGUCAGCAUUCAAUGGCACUGUGUUCUUUUGCUCCACUUCAGACACCUGACCCAGGCUGUGGAGGCCACCGCUCUUUUCUAUAGGUCAAUUGGGUUGACCUUGGCCCUUCAAUCAAGAGAAACCUUUUAGUCCUGGAUAUAAUGUAGUGUUGGAUGACUGUAACAAAGUGUUUUUAUCCCAUGGACAAUAUCACUACUUAAAGUUAAGUCCCGUAUGCAUCUGAAAUGGCACCUUAUUGCACUGGUCAAAUGUAGAGUUCUACUUAGUGUGUAGGGUGUCAUUUUGGACACGGACUGUUUUUUGUGUCAAUUUCUUGUGGGUGACAUUCCAAUGCCAAGAUUGUACCCUUUGUCAAAACUUAAAAAAAAUAUUUGUAUACUUUUUUUUUUUGUUGAAGAGCCGAGCAUUUCUUUUCAUAGUCAAAAUGUUGUAUAUCUGUGUGUGUACCUUUUAUAAUCUGGCUCAUCUUUAGAUUAUUUUUUUGUCCAUAACAGAAAUAUUUGGAAUUUCAAUGUCAACAUUUCCUUUGUUUAUAUCUUUUUUUUUUAUGACUGUAAAACAAAAAAAACAUUAAUUGGCCAUGGUAGAUUAACUCUUUCUAAGAGAUGAUAUAAAGAGUAGGACAAAGUCCAACUCCUUUUAUUCAUUUUAAUCUACCACUUUUCUAUAAAUCCCAUUUUAGAGCAUGGAAAACUGUUGGUGUGCAAAUAUUGUUUUGAAUGUUAGUGCAGUAUGGAGUGUUACAUCACUCAACAUUUUUCUUUACCUACAAUGACAAUUUAGGAUUGAAUGAACAUCACUUUCAUUUUUGAGGUAACUGGACAUUGAUUUACAGUACCUAUUUAUUCAUCUGACCAGUACAUUUUCUAGAAUUUCUUCUGUUAUUCAGAAGUAAAAUAAUCGUGCAGAUGUUUUUCAUGCAGAAUGUCCAUACGAGGUUAAAAUUAUACCUACAAACACAUUAAGAACUCAAAGCAAUGAUUGUUACCAAUUCUCCAUUCUAUUUCCCCACCUUUUUCUCAUUCCAAGUUGUUUUUGACAAAAUUGAGAAAUUGUAGGUCUAAAUAAAAUGUCCUUUCAGUUUUUUGUUA